AUGGCUCCCAGCACCAUCGUUACGGGCCUGCCCCCGCCGGCUGGCAAGGGACCCAGCAGGGAGCUGAAGCUUAUGAGUCGAGACGAGAUCGAAGCCUUGAUCGCAGAAGGUCGCAAGAUCGUCAUCUUUCACCAGCAGGUUCUUAAGGUUGAUCCAUGGCUGCCAUAUCAUCCUGGCGGUGAUAAGUCCAUGCUUCACAUGGUUGGAAGGGAUGCCUCCGAUGAGAUGGAUUCCCUUCACUCAUUCGAAGCCCGUCAACAGAUGUUGCGCUACCGCAUCGGUCGCAUUGAAGGUCCCUGGACCAACUUUGUGCCCCCUAUCCAGGGCGGCACCUUCCGCACGCGCGAAGAGAUUGAGCAGGCCGCCGAGAACCACGAAGCUCACAAGGAUACUUCAUCAAGCGCACCCUCUUCCCGUGUGCCCUCCCCGGUCUUCGAUGACGACGACACCCAAGGCCUCCGACAGCGACCCAGUAGCAAGGACAAGAAGGGGGCUAGGGCGCCCUCGGUAUCGUCAGCUUCAACGGUGGACGAAACGGAGAUGGAUGGCAUGUCGUACCUGGAUACCAUCACUCGGGAGCACAUCUCCCUCGACCUCGACAAGUACCCGACCCCCGACGAGGAGACUCAGGCUCAUAUCAACGUCAAGUAUCGCGAACUUCACCAACGGAUCUACGAUGAGGGGCUUUAUGAUUGCAACUACUGGGCAUACGGAAGGGAAUGUUGUCGCUACGUUGGCUUGUUCACUGGGUCAAUGCUUUGUCUUCGCUAUGAAUGGUACGCUCUCAGCGCCUUUCUGAUGGGUGCCAUGUGGCAUCAGCUCGUGUUUACGGCCCACGACGCUGGCCACAUGGGCAUCACUCACAACUUUCACGUCGAUACCUGCAUUGGUAUCAUGAUUGCCGACUUUAUCGGAGGUCUGUCCAUGGGUUGGUGGAAACGCAACCAUAACGUCCACCACAUCGUCACCAAUGCCCCUGAGCACGACCCAGAUAUCGAGCAUAUGCCUCUCUUUGCUGUCUCUCACCGUUUCCUCGGAAGCUUGACGUCCACUUACUAUGAGCGAGUCAUGAGCUACGAUGCUGUGGCAAAGGUCCUCCUGCGAAUCCAGUCCUGGACUUACUAUCCCUUCCUUGCAUUUGGUCGCUUUAACCUGUACCGCUUGUCUUGGGACUUUCUCAUCAUGCGUCGCGGCCCAACCAAGGGUCCCGCGUGGUGGCAUUGGUGGCUCGAGGUUGCUGGCCAGAUCUUCUUCUGGAUCUGGUUCGGCUACGGCAUUAUCUACAAGACACUGCCUGACAACUGGACGCGUUUCGUCUAUAUCAUGGUCAGUCACAUCACUCAGUCGCCGCUCCACCUUCAGAUCGUGCUGUCUCACUUUGCCAUGAGCACCGCCGAUCUGGGACCUCAGGAGUCGUUUGCCCAGAAGAUGCUGCGAACAACCAUGGACGUUGACUGCCCUGAGUGGCUCGACUUCUUCCACGGUGGUCUUCAGUUCCAGGUCAUCCACCAUCUCUUCCCCCGUGUGCCUCGACACAACCUGCGUGCCACGCAGAAGCUGGUGCAGGAGUUCUGCAACGAGGUCAACAUCCCGUAUGCGCUGUACGGAUUCGCCAACAGCAACAAGCAGGUCAUUGGAAGGCUGUCCGAGGUGUCGAGGCAGGCUGCGAUUCUGGCAAAGUGCCAGCAGACUAUCACUCGCAGCGGUGACUUUUCCGGUCAUGGACAUGGCCAUCACCACUAG